UUCUAGCGACUCACCCUGCAUAUAUAUAGCCAACGUGCCCGCGGGAUUCCCGCGAGCCGAUUACGUUCGCCCGUUCGAAAAUAAAAGUGCGAUCCGUUCCGGGACGAACUCGGGAUGAAAUCUACGGAAGAGGCGAGUUCGUGCGCGCGGGGCGCAGAUCAGGUCCUCGAUAUACGUACGAUAGGACCGCGCACGGUAGAAGGAGGCGCACAGGUAGAGCCUGGCGUCAACUGCUGGGGUUCGUGGUGGUUGAUAUCGACCCGGGGUUGGAGGGUCGUGUGGCGGCCUCAGGAUCGCAGGGCGCACGCCCUGGACGUGGCGGCCACGGGGAGAAGGAGAGCACGGUGGCGAAACCGGCGCGACAGACGGAGAUAAAUAGACGGGGGUGAAUACGGUGCCAGGGAGGGUGGCGAGGAAUAUAUCGGCGACGAUGUAUAUACGCGAUCGUGGAGGAGGUAGGCCGUGCAGAAGAGGUAGUAGCUGUUCGCCGGUAGUAGCAACCCGGCUGGCUGGAGCACCCUACGCGCGGGUGCGGGUGCUGCAUCCUGAGAGAAGCUCGUCCGGCGAUCGACAGACGCGCGCGGGCGCGCGCGCGUGUACGCGUGUAUGUGUGUGCGUGUGUGUAGGCGAGAGUGCGCGAAUACUCGGGGUGUAUCGCAGCCUCCGGAUAACAUCUGCAUCGGCAAGCUCCGGGGAUCCCGAACGCGAAUUUCGCGUUUCCGCGCCUGACCUGCGAAUCGUUCUGAGACGGGAUUUCAAGAUCGGCGAGGGAUUACUCCGGGAUCUUGACGGUUCUCCCGGGAACGUGAACGAGAUAUGCGUUCGGAAGACGGUGGCGAGGGUGAUUGUGCCGCGAUCGGUCGAUCGUUUCUAUAGAGAAGAGAGCGACCGAAUAGAAGGGUAAAAUGUGCUGUGGUUGCGCGGCACACGCUUUAACGGAAGACGACGACGAGGACUGUAACAUCGACGCCAUGUCGCGGCGACAGGAAACGAACGAGGAAUCUUACUUGAACUGCGGCAGACCAUCGAAUCUGCUCAAGACAAGCUUCAGUAGCGCCCGACUCGAGAAGCUGUACCGCGCUUCGUCCCUGCAGCAGCGUCGCGGCGGCCUCACGUGUUUCCUGAUGUCGGCGAUUUUAUACGGCGUCUACGCGGUAUCGGUGCCGGGUAUCGAGCUGCUGGCACGCACCGUCACCGCCGUGUUCCUCAGCCUUAUGGUCGGUCUGCUGAUAUGGGCCGAGCGCGGCACCAAAGCGAGGAACUCGCUCUGGUCGGUGGUACCGUGUAUAGUCGGACAGAUGUGGAUCGUCCACCUGCCCGCACAGCUGUUCCUCAAGACCACCAAGGUCACGCCGAGGGACAGCCUAGGAUGGAUGUUGCUGUUGCUAUACUUACUGUUCGCCAGCCUGCCUCUCAAGCUCUGCCGUUGCACGUUGCUCGCGCUCAGCAGCGUUCUCAUCUACUUCUUCGCCGUGAUCGGUCUCUCUAGCGCGACAUUGGAGGACCUCAAGACACAGCCCAUCGACGUUCUGAUCCUGACGGUGACACUCUUUGCCGGCGCCGCUAUUUUGGGCGCUUGCAGCUACUGUCUGGCGGAGUUCCAGCAACGCCGGGCAUUCCUGGAGACCAGACAGAGUCUGGAGGUCCAGCUUAUGAUCGAGGAGCAGAGCGCGGAGCAGGAACGGCUGCUGCUAAGCGUUCUUCCCGAGCAUGUCGCGGUCAAGAUGCGGCAGGACCUCGGCGCGUCCCUCGACACGCAAUUCAAGAAGAUCUACAUGUCUAGGCACGAGAACGUGUCGAUACUUUACGCCGACAUAGUCGGCUUCACCGCGAUCUCGUCGACCUACAGCGCCAGCGAGCUCGUCAAGAUACUCAACGAGCUGUUCGCGCGAUUCGAUCAGCUCAGUGAACGAUACGAGCAAAUGCGUAUCAAGAUCCUGGGGGACUGUUACUACUGUAUAAGUGGUGCGCCCGUCGAAAAGCCGGACCACGCGGUCCUUUGCGUAUACAUGGGUCUAUCCAUGGUGGAGGCCAUCAAGUAUGUUCAACAGAUAACGAACAGUUCUGUCGAUAUGAGGGUGGGCAUUCAUACGGGCGCGGUGCUCGCCGGGGUUCUUGGUCAGAGACAGUGGCAGUUUGACGUUUACAGCAAGGACGUCGAGCUGGCGAACAAGAUGGAGAGCAGCGGAAGGGCUGGGAGGGUGCAUAUCUCGAACGCGACGUUGAGCUUCCUAAACGGAGAAUUCGAGGUCGAGCCGGCGCACGGGGAGGAUCGGGAAGAGGCACUCCAAAAGGCCGGCCUUGUCACUUACUUUAUAGUGAGAGCCUUGAAGCCAUUUAAACCAGCGGUAACGAAGAGCCUCGCGUCGUUGGCGGACGCGGAGAAUUCGCAAAGGAUAAUGGAGAACGCGCAAGACAAAGGGGACAAUAGUAAAGAGGAUUCCGAGGAAUUUCAGCAACGUCUAAGAAAAAAGCUCGACAGUAGAGGUGGUGCUACCGACCUGAAAGGUCACGUCUCCUGGUUCACCCUACGGUUCAAGGAUCCGGGAGUGGAGACGGCGUUUCACGAAACGUUGGAGGCCUUCUCGCCGCUGUCGCUCCUCGGCGGGCCUCUGGUGACGAUGUGCGCAGCCCCGGCCUGGAGGCUGCAGCCCUGGGGACCGUUCACCUGGGGUGGUGCUGGCGUAGUCGCCCUUUUCGGCAUCGUGCUCGCUGGGGCCACUUGUCUGGCCAGCGCCGUCAGGGCGACGUGGUUCAGGAGCACUCUCGCCCUCCUAAUGACUUUCUCCCUUAUAAUAUUUCUGUUAUUGGACAUGACCAACUGUGCGAUCAUCGACGACAUCGAGCCUCCAAAGAAUACCUCGCUAAUUGUGGUCACAAACUGGCGGGCCUCGCGAUGUCCGUAUCCCUCGUAUUAUUCGUACAUCGGCGUCCUCGCGCUCAUCGCUAUCUCGAUGCCGACGUACCUCUGUUACCUGACCAAGGCGUGCCUGAUGUAUUUCCUUGCUGGCACGCAGUCCUGCAUCAACAUUUUGUUCCUUGCAUCGAGCCUCGACAGGGAGGACAUGGCAUCGAAUACUUAUGGGCGAUCGAUGCCCUUCCCGCUGAAAUAUUCGUUGGCAGCCACCUUGUUCGUCGUCGCGACCGCGCUAAUCAUCGUGGCGAGAUACGCUGAGAAGGCACGAAGAAUGUUAUAUUUGCGAGGACGAGAAGUAAUGGCGCAGAGAGAACGGGCAGCUGACAUGAAGCGGAGAAAUGGCGCGCUGAUAUAUAACAUCCUGCCGCCUCAUGUGGCCGCCUAUUUCCUGUCGCACGCGAGACACUACGACGAUCUCUACAGUCAGAGCUACGCCGAGGUGGGCGUGUUGUUCGCCAGCAUGCCGAAUUUCGCGGACUUCUACAGCGAAGAGAGCAUCAACAAUCAAGGCCUCGAGUGCCUCAGGUUCCUGAAUGAGGUCAUCUCUGAUUUCGACGCCAUUCUUGAUCAGAAAAAAUUCAAAAACAUCAUCAAAAUCAAGACGAUAGGCUCAACCUACAUGGCUGCCUCGGGGAUAACGGAAUCGACGCAAUCGGAGAACGGUCCCCGGUGGGGUCAUCUUGUCACCCUCGUGGAGUUUGCUCUAGAGCUUAAAAAGGCUCUGUCAAGUAUCAACGAGCAGAGCUUCAAUCAUUUCGUUCUAAAAAUGGGCAUCAAUCAUGGGCCGGUAACCGCCGGUGUCAUCGGAGCGCGAAAGCCUCACUACGACAUUUGGGGCAACACUGUCAAUGUCGCGUCGAGGAUGGAGAGCACAGGAAAAGUCGGCUGUAUUCAGGUUACUGAUGAGACGCGAAGGAUACUAGAACCAUUUGGUUUUGGAUUCGAACAACGUGGUCUUGUAUUCGUCAAGGGCAAGGGACAGCUUUUGACGCACUAUCUCAUCUCCAAGGAUGGCGUUUUUCUGGACCUGGACAGCGAUUUGCCAGUUGAACCCACUCAUCCGAUAAUCUAUCAAUAAAUGUAAUGAAGGCUCUAACUCAAAUCGAGGAAAUCGUUGCUAAUCUCCAUGGAAAAAAAAGUCCCAUUACAUCUUUCUUCGAAAUGUAUCAGAGAUUGGAUGUUUGUUGAAGAAGCACCUAACGUCCAAUUUGCUUUCAUUCGUCGAAAAAGCGAGAAAAGAGACGAGAAGCCAGCGAGUUGUAACUUAGACGACAUUUCUAUACACCGAACGAAAUUUUCUUGAAGAACGUUCGGCGAGUUAAAUGUAUUGUCGUAGAGAACUCUCUAAAUAUUAGCAUCCUCGUGUCUCUCGAGGAAGGACGAGAAGGCUCCGAUCGGACAAGAUCGACGUUUAGAUCCUUUGCAGCUGUCUUCGAGUAUUAUCGUACGUCACCAUAUCAUCCAUCGAUUAAUGUGAAGGGAGAAAUUAUAGUCGCAUUGAUUACUUGUUAUCAUAACGUUCGCACGCACGCGUACAAGAAGAGGUCAUGCGUACGUGUGUGCAUCCCACGAAUGGCGAGAGUGUAUCGAACUCGCGUACAGGGUAUAUUUGAACAAAACUAAAGAGUAGUAGGUUUUAGAGACAUACUACAGGCGAAUGAAACGAUAUUUUGAUGUAUCGCCGUGUAAAUGGCAACAGACGCGUAGGUGAUGAAAAAUAUAUAAUAGCAGAUGUAUUUGUCAGAUGAAGCACCAAGAAGCAGGAAAAAAACAUAGAAAAGUAAUCUCUUCAUGUGUCGUAAAUCUUGCAGAUUCCAAUUUCUUUCUUCAAAUUAUACUGACACAAAAAAGAACAUCUUGCUCUCUAAAAGUGAAUCAGUGUAUUAUCACUGAAAAACAGUAAAUAGUCACUGAUGACAGCAGUUAUAAG